AUGUACACGAAUCUCGAGGCAACACAAACUUUUCCCGGACCCAAUCCCCUCACCAAAAUUAUUUUGGUAUCUCUCUCUCUCUCUCUCUCUCUCUGCUCUCUUUUCGCCGACGAAUUCGAUCUCCAGAUCCAGGAAAAUGUGUCGGUAAAAACUGUGAAAAUUAGCAACAUAUCCUUGUCUGCAUCUCAAAGGGAUAUUCAAGAAUUUUUUUGCUUCUCUGGAGACAUUGAUUAUGUUGAAAUGCAAAGAGACUCACAGGGAGCUGAAACUGCAAUGCCUCUCACAGGUGCAACUAUUGUUGAUCUUUCUGUUAAUGUAACACCAGUCGAGAAGUACAAGUUGCCUCCUGAAGCUUACCGACACAAGCUGGAUCGGAUUCGUCACCUACCAAUGCAGCAGUGAAGAAGGCAAAGGAUGUGGUUCGUAGCAUGCUGGCAAGGGCUUUGUUCUCGGUAAGGACGCACUACAGCGAGCCAAAUCCUUUGACGAGCAGCACCAACUCCUAUCCACUGCCUCGGCAACGGUAGCUUCUCUGGAUAAGAGGGUCGGGCUGAGUGAGAAGCUACCAAUACUGGCUCGG